CCUGCUCCAUCCGUGCGGGGCCGGGCCUGCGUCACUUUCCGACGGGCACACACACACAACCUGCAUAAGAAUAAGAACGACCCUCGCGAGAAGCAGCAACAGGCACUUGAGACGGUGGCCAACGCAGACAUGUCGGCUCCAAAGCGCCAGGACACCCGGAAGCUCUUCGAGAACUUGUCCGGCUCCGGGAAGUCCAUCGCGGUACUCACCAGCGGCGGAGAUGCCCAAGGGAUGAAUGCGGCGGUCCGAGCGGUGGUCCGCAUGGGAAUUUACGUGGGAGCCAAAGUCUACUUUAUACAUGAGGGCUACCAGGGCAUGGUGGACGGUGGUGACAACAUCAAGGAGGCUUCGUGGGAAAGCGUCUCUAGCAUGUUACAAGUGGGUGGCACGGUGAUCGGCAGCGCCCGCUGUAAAGCCUUCCGCACCCACGAGGGCCGCCUGCAGGCGGCGCUCAACCUGGUGCAGAAAAACAUCACCAACCUUUGCGUCAUCGGAGGGGACGGAAGUCUGACCGGAGCCAAUCUCUUCCGGGAGGAGUGGAGUGGGCUGCUGGAUGAGCUGCUGCAGAAAGGCGCGAUCAGUGAGGAGGCGGCGCGCAACAACUCGGCUCUACACAUCGUGGGCAUGGUGGGCUCCAUCGACAACGACUUCUGUGGCACCGACAUGACCAUCGGGACCGACUCAGCCCUGCACCGCAUCAUCGAGGUGGUGGACGCCAUCAUGACCACCGCUCAGAGCCACCAGAGGACGUUUGUGCUGGAGGUGAUGGGUCGCCACUGUGGGUACUUGGCGUUGGUCAGUGCUCUGGCAUGCGGAGCAGACUGGGUGUUUUUUCCAGAAAUGCCUCCUGAAGACGGCUGGGAGGACAACAUGUGCCAGAAGCUGUCUGAGAACCGUGCUGACAAAAAGAGACUCAACAUCAUCAUCGUGGCUGAAGGUGCCAUCGACUGCCACAACAAACCCAUCACGCCCGACUACAUCAAAGAUCUGGUCGUGCGCAACCUGGGCUUCGACACCAGGGUGACUAUCCUGGGCCACGUGCAAAGAGGUGGAACCCCAUCCGCCUUCGACAGGAUACUAGCCAGUCGUAUGGGCGUGGAGGCGGUUCUGGCCUUGCUGGAGGCCUCGGCCAGCACGCCCGCCUGUGUGGUGUCACUGGUGGGGAACCAGGCCGUGCGGUUGCCCCUCAUGGAGUGCGUGCAGAUGACGCAAGAAGUUCAGAAGGCCAUGGAUGAGAAGAAGUUUGAGGAAGCGGUCAGACUGCGUGGCAGGAGCUUUGAGAACAACCUGACUACCUACAGACUUCUCUGCAACCGAAAGGCAGACUCAGAGCUUCCACACAGCUCCUUCAACGUGGCCGUGUUGAAUGUUGGGGCGCCCGCUGCCGGGAUGAAUGCUGCCGUGCGCUCCGCCGUCCGGGUGGGAAUCACCGAAGGCCACAAAAUGUUUGCUGUGAGCGACGGCUUCGAGGGAUUCUACAAGGGUCAGAUCAAGGAGAUCAAGUGGGGCGAUGUGGGAGGCUGGACGGGCCAAGGAGGAUCACUUCUCGGGACAAAAAGAACACUUCCCGGUAAACAUUUAGACAAGAUCGCUGAGCAGAUGAGGAUCUACAACAUCAACGCUCUGCUCGUCAUCGGCGGCUUUGAGGCCUACAUGGGAUUACUGGAACUUUCCGCGGCACGGGAUAAAUAUGCCGAGCUUUGCGUGCCUAUGGUGAUGGUCCCCGCCACGGUGUCCAACAAUAUACCGGGCUCGGACCUCAGCAUCGGUUCCGAUACGGCGCUCAACGCCAUCACAGAUGCCCUGGAGUCUGUCCUGCAGCUGUUUGAGGCUCGCGCCCACUUUGAGGAGUUUUGUGUGCCGCUGUGCAUGCUGCCUGCCACCAUUAGCAACAACGUGCCCGGCACCGACCUCAGCAUCGGGGCCGACACCUCCCUCAAUGCCAUCGUGGAGACGUGCGAUCGCAUCAAGCAGUCGGCAAGUGGCACCAAGCGGAGGGUGUUCAUCAUCGAGACCAUGGGGGGCUACUGCGGCUACCUGGCCACCGUGGGCGGGCUGGCAGCAGGUGCAGACACAGUCUUCAUCUACGAGGAACCCUUUGAUAUCCGAGACCUGCAGGGUAAUGUGGAGCAUCUGACAGAGAAAAUGAAGACCAGCAUCCAGAGAGGUCUGGUGCUCAGGAACGAGAACUGCAAUGAGAACUUCACCACUGACUUCAUCUACCAGCUCUACUCUGAGGAGGGUCGAGGGGUGUUUGACUGCAGGAAGAACAUCCUAGGACACAUGCAGCAGGGUGGCGCUCCGUCUCCCUUCGACAGAAACUUUGGCACCAAAGUGGCGGCUAAAGCUGUCCAGUGGAUCACAAGGACCAUGAAGGAUUCUUACAAAGGAGGCCGAGUGUUUGCCAACUCUGAGGACAGCGCCUGUCUGCUGGGCAUGAGACGCCGAGCCAUGGUGUUCCAGCCCGUGGCGCAGAUAAAAGAUGAGACUGACUUUGAACACAGGAUCCCCAAGGAGCAAUGGUGGCUGAAGCUGCGCCCCUUGAUGAAAAUCCUGGCCAAGUACAAGACGAGCUACGACGUGUCCGACUCGGGUCAGCUGGAGCAUGUCACUCGCUUCCGGGCCAAAGAGGGUGACGCUUCAGCCGCCAUCUGAGCAUCCCAUUGGCUGCUGCGAGGUUAGACUUAUUGAACACUAAAAAAGCAAAAACAAAAAAAAAUCUGGAAAAUUAUAGAAAGUCACAUACUGUUACUCUAACUUAUUGCAGAUUCUAAUAUAUCAUUUAAAUAUGCACUUCGAAUGACGUACUGUAUGGAGCACUUUUUCCUUCUUGUUGUUUUCUCUUUGUUGUCACUGUCACAAACGUGUGUAAAACUGUGCAUUUAAAGUGUGUGUCCUUUUUUUGUGCACGCGUGUACACUGUAUUAAAGCUUUGUUUGUCUUA